AUGCAACCAAAGCGUACCGCGAGUCCGCAUUCAAAGGCUCUGGAACCUUCCCCCAUGGCCGACAUCAGCUUAUCCCUACGCACCGCAUUUAUGGACAACGCACAUUACCGCCGCGAGAGCGAUUCUCUGUCCACCAGUGCCCUCAGUUCAGCCAGUGGCAGCCCUGCGUCAUCGCCCACCUCCGGCUGGCCCCUGCGCAAGCAUCGGUUUUCCGGCUCCCACACCACCGAGCCCAGCAGCCGGGAUCGCAGUCGAAGCCCCUAUAGCUAUGCUAGCAUCAUUCCGUUCUCCUUCCGUCGCUCCUCCCCUUUCUUCCUCCGCCGACGCCCUUCCGCUGUCGAUCUGGCUUUGAGCGAGGAGCGUUCGCGCUGUGAUGAGGAUUCAGUCGAACGAUUGGGCCUCAGCAUGAUGGAGCCACGUCCCGUCGAUCCUAUUCCCAUAGCCAUGGAUUUAAACACCAGUGUUUUAACAGAUAUCGCUAGCCAACGGAGUUCUUUCGCCCUGUCGACUCAGAGCUCCAUCCGUGGAGGCUCGCAACAACCUCGAUACGUGAUGGGGGGUAUUGUCGAAGUUAUGGAGGGCAACGCAUGA